GUAAAAGAAUAAAAGAAUGAUUUCAUAACUCCUAGAUGAAAUGACAGUAGCUUCAGAGAAAUAAAAAAAGGAAAUGAAUAAAAUUAAUUACAAAUAUUAAAGAAGAACAAGAGAUGUAAUUAAUGCAGAAAAAUAAGAAAAAUUAGAAAAUAAAGAAAUAGAUGUUGGAUUACCUAAAAUUAAGGACAAGGAAGAAGUUUAUUAAGAAUUAAAAAGAAGAUUUAGAAUGGCAUGGAAAAGUAUUUUUUUACUUAAUAGUAGGUCCUGGAUUCAAAAAUGAUGAAUUCACAAAAAUACCAACAUUAAAGGGCAAAAUUUUGAAUGAAUGGGAAAUUUUAAGAAUUAAUUUAGCAGAGAGAAGUUAUAAAGCACCUUAAGGUUAUUAUCUUUUUUCUAUUGUUUUUAGGUUUCAAAGGAUUCAAAAUACCUAGUUAAUAUUAAGAGUUUUAAAAACCAAAGACACCACCUGGAAUAAAAAAACAAUUAGAUGAAUUUAGAUUGGAUUUUGAAGAUUUUGUUCAAAGGCCAAGCAAAUAUGGAAAAGUACAUGAAGAUGAAAUGUUAGAAAAAGUGAGAAUAAACAAUAAAGAACCAUUUAGAUUAACAAAUAGUGUCUAGCAUAAUGAAUUUGCUUUUGAUCCACAUCUUACAUGGGAAGCAGAAAUGAAAAGAAAAUAAUCUAUAAGUAAAUCAAAACUAAAUAAAUCAAAAUUAAAUAAAUGA